CCGGAAGAUAUAAGCCACACAGGUAGAGAAAUUUGGACCCUAAAACUACAUAUGAUGAGCUAGUCACAACUAUUUGAAGAUUGCCGGGGUUCAUGAACUGUACCCAUCGUCAAAAUCUACGACAUCGCUGCAGACUAUAAUAAGAAGUCUAUCGGGAGAUGGUUUCCAAUUUCCCUUCUGUUUUCGCACUCCUCGCUGGGUUUUCUAGAUCUCCGUCUCGGGAUCGACAGCGCUUUAAUUCGCGGAGAUGAGCAAAGUAACUAUUAUUUUCCCCGCGACUUGAAAGACGCCAAGUAUAGAGACAAUGAACUCACGCUGUCGAUCUUCAUGUCUUCCACGUCUCAUCUACAUUCGACUUCCUUCGACGCAGAUCUUCCGUCAUCAUUCUGACUCUCUAUCGCCUCAUCUAGGGAUCCCACAAUACAUUUGUUGGCUCCUUGCAAUUGGAUCAAACAUCGUCACUUGUGAAGUAAUGAGCCUUUGGAGCUUGUAUCACACAUGUGAGGUUAGAGCUUUGGAGAAUACCACGCGUCGCUGGCUACAUCUCCGACGACAUGGUACAGGAACUCAACGCCACCACUGAUCUUCUCAGAGACAUUCCCACUAGAUCAAUGUCGAAUAUGCAAUGUGCAGUGCUACAGAACACCAUAUGUUCUCGGCUCCCUCAUCGAUAACGAUUGGGGCGCGAUAAGAAAAUACAUAAUUAUCGCAAUC